AUGAAUGUCAAUCAGAAAUCACAAGCAAAUACAUCUUCUACUCAUAAGAAUUCAUUCGCACACAACGAAAGUCUUCUUUUAUCUACAGUUCAAUCUAUGGAAAGUAUUUCUGAUAAAUCAUACAAAGCUUUACAAACGUUACGUAGUGCUCAAACUGGUGUUCGCUUAUCAAAUAAAACUUUUAUUGAUGCUGUCGAACAAUAUCUUAAACAUUUACGAAAUGAAACAAAUAAACAGAAUGCAAAUGGAAAUGAUUCUACAAAAGAUACGACCGAUAACAGCGAUAAGAUUUCGAUUGCUCCUUUUUCAAAAACUACAGGAACAUCUCUUGAACGAACAGUAGAAGAUAUGGUAACAUUUGAAUUUGUGGAAAAAGUGCGGAAAUCAUUUGCUGAAGCUGAUGCAGAUAGCACAGGCUAUUUGGAUGUUAGUGAAUUUACUGCAUUUAUGCGACGAACAUAUCCAGAUAUAACCGAUCGGCAAGCACGCAUUGUUUUCAUGAAAUUUCAAUUUUUCCCAGGCUUAUCACGAGCUGGCAAAGCUCUCGAUCAAAUUGAUUAUACAUAUGGACGAUAUAUAUCAAUAACACGUAAUGGUAUUGUAUCACAUUGGUCAAUGUCAUUAAAACUUAUUCGAGAAUCGAAAAUCCAAUCAAUCGAACAAAGAAAACAAAGUCUUCCAUUAUGGAUAACAUGUAGUUGUGUUCUGCCGGACAUGAACUAUUUUGCUAUCGCAACCACAGAACGUGAUCUUAUUUUUUACGAUAUCAAUUCGCAUACAUAUGCAGGCUCUAUUAUAAUCAAUUAUUUCCCGGCUAGUCUUACAACGAUUGAUUAUCGUAUGAAUAUAAAAAAUUCUUCUCAAUCAACAAUUUUUUGUGGCGACCUAUUAGGAAAUUUAUUUAUAUUUCAAGCUAAAGAUCAAUAUAGACCAAUGUUUCAUAUAUCCGAUUUAGCACAAAAUAAUAAUAACGAAACAGGAUCAAUGAGAAACUAUUCAUUUCCACGUAUUGUUAAUAAUGAAUAUUUAACGGUAUCAGUGACUUGUUUUUGUAAUUUACAUAAUGAUUGGAUUGUUCAAGUGAAAUGGAUUGAUGACCUCGAUUUAUUUGUUUCAUGUGCGUUAACAUCAAAACAAAGUUUAUAUAUCGGAGAUUUAAAUAAAAAAAUGGAAAAAUAUGCUGUAGCAAAGAAAGGUUUUGCUGCUUUUGAUUAUUGCAAGGCUCAUCGAACAAUAGUAACCGGUAGUUAUGAUGGUGUCAUUCGUUUUUGGGAUCCAUUUGUUACCGAACGAGCUACAGCUACAUUACGUGGACAUAAUUAUUCUGUCACUCAUUUAGUUGUUGACAAUCGAGAAAAUCAUAUAAUUAGUAUUGAUAAAGGCAAAAAUAUUAUUAUUUGGGAUGUUCACACAUUAAAAAUAAUUCAACGCAUGUCACAUACCAUUCUCGAUCUAUCUGAACAAGAUUUGACUGUAUGUUGUUUAAAUCCAACUCAACAACGUUUAAUUAUUGGCAAUAAAAAACUUAUAUCAUUAUCACAUAUCAAUGAAUCCUAUAUUCGUCAUGAACGAACAUCACAUCUGUAUCCUAUAACACAAAUUUUAUAUAAUCCAUUAUUCGAUGUUAUCAUAUCAUGUGAUGAAGGUUCAACUAUAAAUAUAUGGAAUAUUCUAACAGGUGAAAAAGUGAUGCAUAUACUAAACGCACAUGUUACAGAGAUCGAUGAAUAUAUUGAACAUGCUGUUGAAAUCACAGCUAUGUGUUUAGACGAAGCUAAACGUCGUUUAAUAACAGGUGCACAUGAUGGUUCACUUGCAUUGUGGAAUUUUAAUAAUGGUCAUAAUCUCUAUCGAGUUAAUUCAAAUUUAGCACACGCAAAAGAAAUUACAGCAUUACUACACGAAAAUGAACGUUUAUUUGUUGCUGGCUGGUCCAGACGAAUUCGAGUAUUUCAUUUGGGCAAAUCAGUUGUUCUUAGGCAAGUGGAUGAAUUUCGAUCAUUGCAUAACGAUGAUAUUCUAUCAAUGAGUAUGAUGAUGAAUAUUCUGGCUACUGCUAGCUAUGACGGUGAUAUUAUUUUAUGGACGAUUGAAACAGGAAUGCCAUUUAUGAAAUUAAAUUCAUUUGAAGAUGUUAAGCCAAAACUGAUAUCGCUUUCAUGGCUCUACAAACAGACGACCAAAGGUGCUAUUCAAGCUAUUUUGCCUAAAUACUUUUCGCGGCGAAGAAAGAAAAAUUUUAAAAGGCAUCCAAUAGAUAAUACAGAACGAAUUCGUCAAUCGUUAUUAAAUCGACUUCGAACAAAUUAUGAAACAUCUGUUGAAAGUGUUUUAAAACCCGAUUUUGACUAUCAAUUUAAUCAAUCAACAAUAUCAUCUGAUUAUCAUUUGGAUCAAUUACUUUUUCUGCAUCGACGUGAAGUAAAUCCUUCAUCAGCUACUCUUAUUACUGCGGGUAGCAUGGGCUGGAUUUGGUGGUGGUCUAUACAUGUAAUCGGACGUCUAAUUGCUGUUUUUAAUGGAGCAAGAAAAUCUCAAGGUUUGCCUAUAGGAUUUUGUUUUUCGCGUAAGAGAGAAUGUUCAUGUUUAGAGCAUGUUCUUGCAAUGUGUGUAAAUGAAAAAUGUAAUAUACUAUUUACAUCUGACACAGCUGGAUAUGUAGCCGUAUGGUUUAUUGGAGAUUAUGCUUGCAAAUUGCCGGAUUCAAAAGAAAAACAAAUGAAAUUAAACGAAGAAAAAAAUCAGAUAUUAACACAUUUUUCAUCUUGUUUACAUGCAAAUAGUGUUGCAAUACAAGAAAUGAAAAAUCAAGCUGAACAGAAAUUACGAGAUCACAUGGGAACACCAGCAAUAGGCAUCAAUCAAGAUCGAGCGACAUUCUUAAUGAAUACUGUUAUUUAUCCACAGUUAUUAGUUGCCUAUCGUGCACAUGUUCGACCGAUAACAUCGAUUGGCUAUGCAGAUGAUCGUGAAAUUGUCAUAACAAGUUCAAUCGAUUGUACCAUACGAUUAUUUACUCUGGCGGGACGGUACAUUGGUUAUAUGGGUCAACCAAUAUCUUGGGGACCAUUGAGUUCAACCAUCGUUUUAAAAGAUUUACCAAAGGAAAUCCCUGAAGAUAUACGUCGAGUUGGUUCCGCUACAACACUUGAAUUACUUCGUGGUGAUGUUGGAAAGCGAUGGAAAUUAUUAAAGCAUACCAUUGUUGCAUGGACUUCAUUGCCGAUAUUUCGAUAUUUUUAUCAAAGUAAAAAUUCUGAAACUGAAAAAUCUUCAGUUACGAUACAAACACAAUCAACUAUUCAUGACGAAUCAACUAAUUCAUCAAUAAAUAAUUUUAAAAAGGUAGAUAACGAAGAAAAACAAGAAUGGAUAAAACGUCGUGAACGUCUCCGACAAAUCAUCAAGUACGAUAGCGUAGAUUUUAUUCCAACGAAGAAAAAAAUAUCCGUUGAAUCAAUGCUUAAAACUCAACGAGAAAAUUUCGGUAUCACAAUGCCGAUACUUGGUCAAUUCACUCGAAAAUAUAUGCAGCAUAGACCAAUAUCAAACUUCGAUCAUAUACAAAUUCAUGGUGGAAAAGCAAUUAUUUAUUCACUAUUACCAUUAGCAUCAUCGUCACUAGAUGGCCUUCAAAAAAUAGUAUCGCAAACGGAAGAAAUUCAAACUGAUAUUCUAUUUGAAUAUGAUGAUAGGAAAUUGUCAGGCACCGGAAAAAAUGAAUUUCUACAACAAAAACAAUUGAAUGGACAUUCAAUGACGCGCCCUAAUGAAGUUUUUCUCAGUAGAGAUCAGUCGCCAAAAAAUUUAAAAAAUCAAUAUAUUGAAAUAUGUCCAUCGAUGAAAGUACAAACAAAUACAUUUCCAUUCAAAUGA